UAGGCAGCAUGGUCUCCGACCCCAGCCCGUUCCAUAACGGAACAAACGUACUAAAAAAAAAAUAGAAUAACAUAUUUGACAGUUUGACAAAGUUUUUUUUACAAGUUUGAAUUUUAUUUAUUUACAAUAUAUUUUUCUCUUUUAUCUUUCUAUUUCAAAUAAUCUAUUUUUACGUUUAUAUUUCUAUUUGAAUAACAUUUUUUUCUUCUUAUCAAUUCUCACAAGUAUUUACGUCUAUAGAAUUGUUACAUCGCAUUAUUUAUUACAACCAGUAAUGUUCCGAAUAAAAUAAAGAACAAUCUCGACUUUUGUUUGUUAUAGACAGUUACAAUGUCUAUUUGAAUUGUGAGAUGUGUAGUGUAAUAUAUCUAUAUACAUUGUGAUUGUAAAAUCUCAAAUCAAAAGUGUUAUCACCACGUUAAAAGAGAUGUAUAGACAGCAAGCACAUUAUCAGUGCUACGUAGCAGAUGGCUUUCACACUGACUGCACAGCGCUCAUACAGAGGUGCCUAUUGUCUGAUAAGCUCAACUACGAGACAUUCUGCCAUAUAUGGAAGGACAUGAAUUUCGAUCGUUUAUAUGAAGGACGCCUGUCUGGUGCUGAAAUUGCUGAACUGUCAGAAGAACUUAUUCACAUAGGCAAACAGUUCAUGCUUGCUGAUAACAGCAAUUUUGAGGAAUCAGUAGCAGGACUGUUUAUAGUAUACGCUCUAUUAAAUCUCCAACCGUACUCCGGUUUCGCGGCGCUUCGAAUCGUCCCUGAGGAUGUUCAAAGCAUAGCUCGACUGGAGAUGGUGGCGAGGAGGGAGAGGAGACUGGACGUGCUGUACAUACUCGGAUCAAUUCUAAUAAAAGGCCCGUGCGAAUACCACGCCGCUGUCCGCCAAUAUGGCAUGGAACCGUCGUAUAAGAAAUACUUACAAGGAUAUUCAGAUGUGGACAGAAUGGAAUUACGUUUCAAGGGAGUGUUCUUCAAGCAGCCGGAGGAACUGGACCUGCUUCGAGACCUCGCAGGCAUCACCAGUCGGUACGUGGAAGCCAAGGAGGCUAUUUUAGGGAGGGGCAAACAACUAGAUCCAAACCUCAACUUCAUAGACAAGAACCUGCCGAGUGAACUGGCCCACUCGCUGAAGAAUGUCAUCGAAGGACUGAGCGAAGAAUUAGAAGAAUCGACAGAGGCAGCAGAAACAGAAAAACCUUCUGAUGCACACCAGAUCAAAGCGCGCGCUAUGAAAAGCACCGUUGGUCAAAUGAAGCACCUUGUAGGAGUCGCGGACAAAGCAAAUAAAACUAGCACAAAAGAAAAAGGCAGUCCUCGAUCCAAAAACUACACUGAAGACACAGACGGUUCAACCGAACUCAGCAGUCCUGUAUCAAGAAAACGAGCAAAUAAAGCCAAGUACAGCCCUAGCCCAAAGAAAUCUAACGUAGACACAGACUCUUCAAAUAAACUCAGGAAACUUAAGAAAUCAGCACGUAGCGUCUCCGCGAAGCGAAAACGACAGAAGUGUAGCAGUACUAGCAGCGAAGAAGAUACGUUACUUUCAAAAUUAGACAAAAGCAAUGAUGAUCUAAACUUGGAGGAAUUUCACCAACAACCUAAAACUGUAGAAAAACCACCGGAACACGAGUUAGAUAUACAAAUAGAUACAAUACCAAUUUUUAUAAGAACAGAUGAUAAUCAAAUAAUUGAGAUAGAAAUAGUAGAUGAACUCGAUCGAGGUAAGAACAUAAAAAGCAGUGUAAAAACUGAAACAGUAACUGUAGCAGAUGAAGGAGAAUGCUCCCAAGUAAAGGAAGCUAUACCAACAUUUCAAGAGUCUACAGUCGGGAACUUAGGGGUCGGAAAGACGAGAGAAAGCUUUAAGAAACCAAAGAGAAAGCAGGUGAAGUAUCAUAUGAAAUCUAAAUUCAAAAGGCUGGGAAUGGUGCCAGCUGCUAAUUUUGAGGAAGACGAGACAAAAGGCAAAGGAAAACGUUCAAAAUAAAAUUGCAUGUUGUCGAAUGAUGUUCUUAUACAUUUAACUGUUAAAUUAUGAGUAUGUGAAUACGUACAGCUGAGAUGGCAAGGUUGAGUUAAAAUUGAAGUGUGCUAUGACGAGAAUAAAUAUCAUAGGCUUGAAAGUAGCACCAGCCAUGAGUAGGGAAGUGUUUAUAAACAUGGAAUAGAAAGGCAGAAACUCGAUGGAUGGUUUGCUCUAAGCAUCUCCGCGUGGAUAUUUUUACGGGUAAUAAUGGAUCGAUAAUCUUACUUGUGAUAUCAGUAUUUAGCAAGAUACCAGUGACUGAGGUUGAAAACAGGUCCUGUCACCUAUAUUAUAUUAAACCGAAAGUUACGGUUUUGACAAAAUCAAUUGUGACUGAUGAGUAAAAGCUAUGAAGAUAUCAACAGAUGAUUUCUGUGAAACAGGGUGGUAUACUGUGCAUUCAUAAACGAGAGCCUGGAAUCGAUUCUUAGUCGGGCCAAUAUGAAAUGAACUUACCUUUAUUGAUGGAGUCUAGUCGGUGUGCACGUUUUCUCAGAUACUGGCAUAAAAAUCUCUUUAAAUAUUACAUCGUAAUGUUAAAUCAUGCCGUGUCUUGCUAUAUACAAGUGCAAAAUUAACGCUAUUUUAUACAUCAACGAUAUAUAUAAAUUAUGUACUCUAGAUUCUCAUGUGGUAGCCAUUUAAAACCUAUGGAUACUCAAUAUUGAGCAUCGUUCCUGAUGGUGGCUAAAUAAAUAAUUAAUAAAACCUCAUUAAUGUCAUUUCAAAUUUAGACCAUUUCUAGUCAAUUUGUUUUUAUCUAAUUUCUUAUAUUCUAUAUCUUCUCGUAAUUAGUGUAAUUAAUUUCCACAUUUUUAAUCUUAUUAAAUUAAUAUAUACGUCUCAGAAAUAAUACGUCGGCCAACACGAUUAUUACUGCUGUAGGGCUUGCAUUAAAAAUUUGUAUUGACUUAGUGCGCCUCUAGCGGACGAUUUUGGAAACUCAGAUUUUCAUACAAACUUUUCGUGAUAAAAAUUAUAGAUGUCGACGUUAAAUUUAAUUUCCAGAAAUAUGAGCGUAAUAAUAUGUUAUGUGCAUGCAAUGUAUGGAUUCUUGUUUAUAUAAUUGUGAGGAAAAAAUAGAAACCAUUUUAUACACCA